AUGGCUGAUGAUAGACGUUUACCAGUAUUAAAAUUAAUACAACCCGCCCUCGCAAGUUUCUCACCUUAUAUUGGUCAAAAACCUCCCGAUAAUUAUUUUGCUAAGGUUAUACAAUCAUGGGCUUUUGCCGAGGGAGUUCUUGAAAAUGCAAAUGCAGGAGAUUUUGAUGAUGCAGUUAAGUGUACUAUUCUAAAAUUCAAGAUGGCUGGAAAAUAUGCUCCAGUACCAGCUAAUGAUCCAUAUAUCGUUGGUAAUCCCCCCAUUAAUUCUCCAGCAACUUUACGGGCAUGGGCAAGAGCAAAAUAUCAACGAGAAACAGUUGGAACUAAACAAUCCGCAAUCCAAAAAUUAACUCAAGAAAGAUUUCAGCCGUUCGAUACUCCAGAUACCUAUGAGACUAGGAUUCGACAUAUUUUGUUAGGUGUAGCCAAUAAUGAUGCUCAAGUUUUGGGUUUCCUUAAAAGCCAAUUACCAGGUGAGCUUUUUACUUGGAUGAGGUCUGAUGCUCCUGCAGGUAUUGACGAAUUUUUCAUUGCAUUAAAAAAUAUGUGGUUAGAACGAACUCCAAACUUGUAUGGAGGAUCAAAUUUUGAUAAGUCUCAGCUAUUAGACCAGAGGCUAGCUUUUCAGCUAAUAUAUCACCUAUAA